AUGCCGGUGAGGACUGACGGACCACUCCUCCAGAAUGGAGGGCCUCCUCAGACCUCUGCUGUCAGCCCUGGGGAGGUGAGGCCCAUUCGGAGGAUUGCUGCCUCAGAUGAGCAGAGGGAGGAGUCCCAGACCCAGCCAGGAGUCAAGGUCCUCUAUCAUCAACCCUCCUGCCUAUAUUCCUGCCUGCUACCACCACCAAGAGUGAGAAUGUCUCAGUAUCAGAAGAUUCCACAUUGCACACGGAAACAGCACCAUGCCCACAAUGAGACCCAGCGCCUAGAGGUUGCACAGGUCUCCAAGUCUCUAGAGGAGACCCACCUCUCCUCCCAUCCUCUAGUGCCUGGCAAUUCAAAGGAGACUGUAGCUGCUGGGACAGACAGUAUUCCACAGUGUCCUCAGAGUGCCUACUCAUCUAAUACUGUCAUCAGAGUCACCUCAUCAAAGAAAUCAAAUAAGCUUUUUGGCAGACAAGGAAAGAAUAGUUCAGCUUCUUCAAAGUACCUGCCAGGCACUGAGAACUUGACCUUAAACCCUUUAGAUGAGAAGGCGACUUUGCUGGUGGAUUUCCUGCUGUGCGAAUAUAAAAUGAAUGUGCUCCAAACCAAAAAGGCAGACAUGAUAGAUAUUGUUAUCAAAGAGGACAGGGAUGCCUUCCCUGAGAUCCUCAGGAAAGCUUCUGAUCACAUGGAGCUGGUCUUUGGCGUUGAGGUGAAGGAAGUCGAAUCCAGCAGCCACUCCUAUGCCCUCGUCAACAAACUAGGCCUCACCUAUGAUCCAAGGCUGAGUGGUGAAGAGGGUGCACCCAACACCAGCCUCCUGAUAUUUAUCCUGGGAGUGAUUUUUGUGAAGGGCAAUCACGCUACUGAGGAGGAGAUCUUGGAAGUACUGAAUAUGAUAGACUUAUAUUCUUGGAGGGAGAACUUCAUGUUUAGAAGUAAGCAUACCAUCAAAAAUUUGGUGUGGCAAAAAUACCUGGAGUACCAGCAGGUACCCAACAGUGAUCCCCCACGUUAUGAAUACCUGUGGGGCCCAAGAGCCCACACUGAAGUCAGCAAGAAGAAGUUGCUGGAGUUUUUGACCAAGAUCAGUCAGUCUCACCCCACUUGCUUCCCACCCCUGUUUGAGAAGGCUUUGAGAAAUGAAGUAGAGAAGGCUAGAGCUGCAGCCAGGGCUGGCUGGCACUGCUGCCAUGGCCAGUGCAACUUACAGUGA